CAAGAAGUGGACCAGCAAUUGUAGGCAUCACUGAAAAUAGUCAUGAUCCACAGUGUCUUCUCCUGUAUUGGUGCACGGGUUCGUAUGGCAGCCUGAGGCAAGAACGCACACCGCCAGGUCCAGGGUGGCCUCGUUUUCGGCCGUCCCAUCAGCAUGACGGCAGAUCUUAGGAUCACGGAUCCCGCUCUGUACGUCUGUUGAAGACUUGAUGUCACUCACAACCUUUCUAGUUUCUGCUGCCUACCAGUUACGAUGCUCAUUGCCUGAGAGCGCAUCCUUACACCAGAUGAGGCCGAGAGCAGCCACAAGCACUACCACGAGGGGAGAAUCUGGAGCAGGUGCAGUGAAGGAACCAUGGCUUGUGAACUGCUUAGGAUCGACAGAUAUAUUUCUACUUCACUUCACCUUGCGCCAACAUAUGCUGACCAUCCUGAAGGAGUUGCGCAAAUUCUAUAAAAGUAUCAAGGUUCGCAGUCAUCCCGAUCCCCCAUGCUGUAGCAAAUCCGGUUCGAAAUCAAUCUGCUACGGUUGUCAUCUUCCUAAAACCGGAGGCUGUUAGUAUCACCAACUCGUAGUACUCGAACAGAGCUCCAUACAUAUC